UUUGUUCUGAACUUUAGUAUUUAUUGGUUUUUAUUAUGUAUCAUUUGUCAGUGUUGUGGAAAUUGGACAAGAUAUUUUUCCCUGCAAGCAAGGAACUCUUUGAGGUCUUUCAAAUUGAUUGUAGGAACUUUUGCAUUUGGAUUUGCAUGAAUUUUGCUAGAAGACAUGGCUACUGCAAAUGGUGGGACUGGGACUGAGGAGCACAAGAGGAAAUCUAAUGAUCUUUUUCUUAAGCAAGGGGGACACCAAAUCAUGCCAAGAUCACCUAGAUUGUGCACCCCUAUUCGGAAGGAAUGGCCGGAGGAGAGUUUGCCAAAUGACAAUGUGAUUGGUUUGAAUAGCUAUGUUACUUCCUUAGCUGGAUCUGGACCUCCUAGUUCUAGUUUUUGUUCCACAAUUGAUUCUGAACACAUUGUUGAAGAGUUGCCUGUUAGGAAUUAUGAGAACCAGAAUAUAAACUUAGUUAACCAUCCACAUAAUUCAAGACAGGCAAGGAAUCAAUUGACUAUUGAGUCUAAGUAUAAUAUCUUGAGUAGAGAAGUUGUACCCAAGGUUGAGGAACAGAUGCCACUCAGGUUAAGCAAAGGACUUAAGGGAAUUGAUUCUGAAUUUUGGGGCCUGAAGUCUCUGGCUGGCAAAAGUGUAAAUCAUGACUCACUGAAAGUCUCAGAAGAUAUAAGCAGUAUGGGCAAGGCUAUCAUCUCGAACAAUGCACAUCUUAUUAGCAGUAUAACUCAGAGUACUUCAUCUGCAUAUAAUUAUCCUCAAUUGAUUGUAAAGCAAACAAGGAAGGGAAAAGGGGUUAUUUGUGAAGAUUUAAACAAAAGCUUCAGUAUUGGAGGAGCACUUAAGAGUCAAGAGGAUGAGAAACUUGGUUUUGCCGCUAAGUUUCAAUCCGAGACACUGGUGAGAUCAAAUGUUGAUGAGAAUAAUAAGCCUUUAUUGGAAGGAACUUUCAUGUCUGGUUGCAAUGGACUCAACUUAAGAGACUGGCUGAAGUUCAAAGGACAUAAAAUGAAUAAAUCAGGAAGGAUUCAUAUAUUUAAGCAAGUAUUGGAAUUGGUUGAUUUUGAACACUCUCAAGGACUCGUCUUGCUAGACUUUCGACCAUCUUGUUUCACUUUAUUGCCUUCAAGUAAAAUUAAGUAUAUUGGUUCAUUUGGCCAACAAGAGUUAGAUUAUGAAGUCAUGACAUGUAAUGUGACUAGGAAAAGGCCUUUGGAACAGAAUACCUGUGCUUGCCAGAGUUUGAGUACAAAGCAGAAAAAGCUCUGUGAGGAGACAGGAUCUUCUAGGCAGCAGCAUCACUGUACCAGUAUUCAUGGCUGCCAGACGACAGUAAAUCAAACUGACUCCGACACAAACAGACCUGUGGAAUCAAGGAGUAAAGAAAGUCUAUGCCAAAAUAAUUCUACUUGUACUGAAGAAAAGCAGUUUAUGUCUGUGCUUAAUAAGUUAGAAGAGAAGUGGUAUUGUAGUCCUGAAGUGCUCAACGAUGGAGUUUGCACAUUUUCAUCAAAUAUUUAUAGCCUUGGAGUUCUCCUUUUUGAGUUGCUGUGCAAUAUUGAGUCAUGGGAGACACAUUCAACUGCGAUGUUGGAUUUGUGUCAUAGAAUCUUACCACCUAAAUUUCUAGCAGAAAAUCCAAAGGAAGCUGGUUUUUGUCUUUGGCUUUUGCAUCCUGAACCUUCUUCUCGCCCCAAUGCCAGAAUGAUUUUAGACUCUGAAGUUAUUCGUGAAUCAAAGGAAUCAAAUUCUGUAGAUGAUGUUGGAAUAUCUGAUGAUGAGGCUGAAACAGAGCAAUUACUAGAUUUUCUAAUUUUAUUCAAAGAAGAAAAGAAAAAACGGGAAGCGAAGUUGAAAGAAGAGCUAAAUUUAUUGAAUGAAGAUAUGAAGGAGGUAGAAAGAAGUUAUUCAUUUGUGACAGAUUCAGUAUUUCCUUUGGUGCAAAUAAACAAUCCUGAAUUGAGAGGAGACAGUUUACAUUUUCAAGAUUCUUCCGGUUCAGACAUUAGUAGAUCCAUUCGAAGGUUGUUUGGUGAUGAAGAAAGAUAUAUGAGUAACAUAAAUCAGCUAGAGAAUUCUUACUUUUCCUCGAGAUUUCGAGUCCUGCCAAAAGAAGCUUCAUCUGUUUCAAUCAAUGAUAAAAAUGUGAUGGAAAGUAGAUGGAGGUUGCCUCAAGUAGAGAAUGUUAAUAAGGAGUCUAGAAGAAUUCAGAGUUCUGUUGGUUGUCUAGGAUCCUUCUUUGAAGGUUUAUGCAAGUUUGCUCGUUACAGCAAGUUUGAAGAGUGUGGCAGAUUAAGGAAUAGAGAUUUGCUUAGUUCUGCCAAUGUAAUGUGUGCUUUAAGUUUUGACCGUGAUGAGGAUCACAUUGCAGCAGGAGGAGUUUCAAAGAAAAUCAAGAUUUUCGACCUCAAUGCUAUUUCAAGCAAUUCUGUUGACAUCCAGUACCCAGUAGUUGAGAUGUCAAAUAAAUCAAAGCUUAGUUGUGUGUGCUGGAACCCUUACAUAAAAAAUCAUCUGGCAUCUACUGACUAUGAUGGUGUGGUUCAGAUGUGGGAUGCAGACACUGGUCAGCCAUUGUCUCAAUACAUGGAGCACCAAAAGAGAGCUUGGUCUGUUCACUUUUCUUUGUCAGACCCAAAAAUGUUUGCUAGUGGAAGUGAUGACUGCUCUGUCAAACUGUGGAAUAUCAGUGAGAGAAAUUCUCUGGGAACCAUCUGGAACCCUGCCAAUAUAUGCUGUGUUCAGUUCUCUGCUUACUCAACAAAUCAUCUAUUUUUUGGAUCUGCUGAUUACAAGGUUUAUGGCUAUGAUCUUCGUCACACUAGAAUCCCUUGGUGCACAUUAACUGGUCAUGGCAAAACUGUUAGCUAUGUAAAAUUUAUAGAUGCUGAAGCAGUUGUCUCUGCUUCCACUGACAACUCUUUGAAGCUUUGGGACCUGAAGAAAAUCAGCUCUUCUGGUUUGUCAUCUGAUGCUUGUGCCGUGACCUUUAAAGGUCAUAGUAAUGAAAAGAAUUUCGUGGGAUUAUCAGUUUUGGAUGGAUACAUUGCAUGUGGUUCAGAAUCUAAUGAGGUGUACUGUUAUCACAAAUCACUGCCGGUGCCAAUUGCUACUCAUAAAUUUGAGUCAGUUGAUCCUAUUUCUGGCCAUCUAAAUAGUGGUGAUAAUAAUGGACAGUUUGUUUCCAGUGUUUGCUGGAGAAAGAAAUCUAACAUGCUUGUUGCUGCCAACUCAGUUGGAAUUGUGAAACUGUUGCAGAUGGUCUGACAGAAAUGAGAAAAUAUUUGGUUAACAUUGAAGCCUGAAAAGCUAUUUAUUUCCUGACUUGAUAAUAUUUUGAUUUAGUAUACCUCUCAGAAGACUAAGCGUGCAUUUUAUUUGAGACAAACUCGCAGACCAGUUCUUUAUUCAGGCUUCAAUGAUUAAUGGGGUAUAAAGCUUAAAUGGGAUCACCAUUUGACAUUUCUUCUGUGGCAAGCAUCAAUGUCUCCUAUUUUCCAUGCUUAGGUAAUACUUUCAGGUGCUGGUUUUCUUAAAAUGUGAACCAAAGAAAGCUGAACAAGAAAUGUAUAUAGCAUGUACAAAUGUAGGCUUUUGAACUGAAGCACUGGUGAAGCUGGAGCAUGCAAGUCUCUUUCAAAUAUCGUAUUCCAAGUGACUAGUGGUUUUCUCUGAUGUCUGAUCCAUUACUUCUGUAUAUAGCACACCUAAGCAGAGAUACAUGCUAAUUACCUUUACUUUCAAAUCACUUUUAGUUUCUCAGAAAAGUACAGGAGAUGAUCUAUGCUUUGCAUUUACUUUGACAUAUAAACUGUCGCUAAUAUGAUGGUUCAAAUAUUAAUUUUACACUUUCAUUUAAAA